UCUCUCCAGCCCCUGGAGUUUUGUUUCGCUUGUUUUGAGGCAGUCUUCCUAUAUAGUCCUGGGAGGCCUGGUACUUUUACAUAGUCUAGGUUGGCCAUGAGUUUGCUGAUUAAGGCUUGGGCACUGUCCUUCUAAUCUCGGUAGACAAGGUCCUCCAUACCCCAUAUCUGGGUGGAAACUUUGCUCCAGGCAGGAGACUCUCCUCCUAUGUGACUAACCCUGGCUCUGAGCAUGGGUGGGGAUGAGCCUCGCACAGAUAUUUGGGGUGAGGUCCUCCUGCCUUAACAUCCACAGUUCCAUCCCUCAUUAUUGAGUGUUACUGAUCCCUGACGCUGUUGACUGUUGAGUAAUGUUGAGUAUCGACUGUGCCACUGCCCGUCAUUUCUCUUUCCUGUUGAUGAAAGCCUGGGUUACUUUCAGUUUUUGCCACUGUGGACAUUUGAAUUUUUCUUGGAUAUGUUAAGUGCAGUUCUUGGGUCAGAAAAUAAGUAUUGGUUCAUCUUGCAUGUGGCGCUGUGCUAUACAUCAAAGGAUCUGUCUUAACUUAGGCUCUAGCUGGUACUUGAAACACUGCUGCUGCCAUUUGUAUGCUCACCCACACUGGCCCCAGCCCAUGCUCGUAGGGGCUCUACUCUUACCUGUGAUGUGCCUGCUACCCUUGCUCCUGUCUGAGGCUGUUUUCUGCAAGCAGCGCAAACCCUGCAUUUUGGGGUUGGCAGAGGUGACUGGGAUCUGGGUGCAUCAUGGGGUGAGAUGCUACAAAGGUUACAGGACCUGAAGUCAGGAGUCUUGAGGUGCUCCUGGGAUGUUGAAGGGUCCACAGAUGUUACUGUCUCUCUUGUCAGUCCUUUGAGUACUCACCUUGCUGCUCUGUGUACCUGUGGCCUCCAGUGUUACUGUAACCAUCUAACCCCAACGUGGAUAACGCAGGACAGAAACACACUCCCUAGUCUGUGUUUCUCCUCACUCCUCUCAGGAGGACAGGCACUAGCUGUGGUCUUCUCCACAGCUUCGCUUGGAAAGCUCUGCUGACCUUUAUGACUUGGUACGUGGAGGAGUCUGUCUCGGCACCCCAUUUUGCCUUCUCUACUCACACAGCACCCCCCCCCCAAGGUCCCAUUUCCCUCUCUGAAGCUGAACAGAGCUGAACCUCUUUCCCCAAUUCUCCUUGACCUGGAUCCUUCUGCGUCUGGAUUGAAGCUGAACACUGGAGAACAGGCUUUGAGUUGCUUUGCCAAAUGACUGCACUUCUGCUGCCUCACAUGAAGGCCCAAUGUGAUGACGAUGUCCUUGCUCCGUGCUUUCUGCUAUAUAGCAGCCCAGCUUCUGGGAGCUGUGGCUGGAGCGGCUGUGCUGUACAGUGUCACCCCACCAGCUGUCCGAGGAAACCUAGCACUCAACACGCUGCAUGCUGGGGUAAGCGUGGGCCAGGCCACCACUGUGGAGAUCUUCCUGACGCUCCAGUUCGUGCUCUGCAUCUUUGCUACGUAUGACGAGAGGCGGAAUGGCCGCAUGGGCUCUGUGGCCCUGGCUGUUGGCUUCUCCCUCACCCUGGGGCACCUCUUUGGGAUGUAUUACACUGGCGCGGGGAUGAAUCCCGCCCGCUCCUUUGCUCCUGCUAUCCUCACCAGGAACUUCAGCAACCACUGGGUGUACUGGGUGGGCCCAAUCAUCGGCGGGGGCCUGGGCAGCCUGCUCUACGACUUUCUCCUCUUCCCACGGCUCAAGAGUGUUUCUGAGAGACUGUCUAUCCUCAAGGGAGCCAGACCCAGUGACUCCAAUGGACAGCCAGAGGGUACAGGGGAACCUGUGGAACUGAAGACUCAGGCCCUGUAAAAGCUGCAGAACGCCCGCUGGGUUUCAGGGAGGGCCAAGCCAGCCCUUGGAUGAAGAAAGAGACUGUGGGGAGGGGCAUGUACUUCUUUAUUUUUUAACUUACGUUUUUCAUUUUUUCCUUUUGCUGUGUGAAAUCUUUCAAGUUGCAUUCACGA